AUGCCGACUGUUAGGCAUAAUGUAACAAAGCGCAGUAUUUCUAAUAAACUAGUUUAUUCGACAACUUUCAAGGAUGGGCCUGAUGCCACUGCAAACACUUUGCAAACAGUGGAAGAAAAAGAAGCUUCUAACUCUACCAUCAACUCACGCAAAGACCGAAAUAGGAAAGCAAAAAAGCAAAAGAAAAGAAGACACAAACUUCCCUUUUGGUGGACUAAGCAUGAUAGUAAACUUCAUUCAAAAGACUAUAAGAAUAUGUGUCAAAGGAAAAGCUUAGUGGUGGAUUUUGCCGAACUAGGCUGGGGUGAUUGGGUGAUGUCACCAAAAUCCUUCAAUGCCCAUUACUGUACAGGAGGAUGUUCAUUUCCUCUCAUCAAG